AUGCUAGUUGUCCCGCAAAGACUAUUUAGCGUUUCCAGGGUUGUUAAAAACUCAUCGUCGUCUGGGUUCCCCGGUUUCAACUUUAAUUUAAAUCAACUUUUGAAUUCAAAUCUCAAAUUUUUGCCAAAUAUUAGAAAGAAAUCAAUAGUGCAUGACGAGACGGCUGCUAUCGACACGCCAAAGAAGUUGAGGAUUAUUGAAAAUCGCUACAAAAGGUCAACACAUCCUACUUCUGUGCCUUUGAAUAAGCUAUUCUCAAACAACUUUCCUUUGUCAAUAAGUGAUUCUAUCGACGAUUAUGCAUACAGACGUAAUCCAUUAAAAUUCCAGCAUGACUUAUUAUCACUUUUGCCGUUUUAUCCUCAGGCAGAUUCGUCAGGAAGAUCAAGUCAGGCUCUUCAAGUUAAGCUUGACUCGGGGAAUUAUAUUAAUGAGUUUGUUAUUUAUCCGCCUAAUAAAACAGAAGCCGAUGCAAGUACUAUGAAUCAUUUGAUUAUGAUCCAUGGAUAUGGUGGUGGAUUAGGGUUUUUCUUAAAAAACUUCGAUGAGAUAUCUUCUCUUGACAACUGGUGUAUUCAUUCCAUUGAUUUAUUGGGGUAUGGAUGUUCAUCAAGGCCUCCUUUCAAGCUAGCUAAGGAUGAUUUAGAGCACGUUGAAAAGUGGUUCCACGAUUCAUACACUGAGUGGCUUAUAAAAAGAAACCUCAGUCACCUACCACCUCUGCAAGUCUUAGUGAUGGGUCACUCUAUGGGUGCUUAUUUGAUGGCUACGUAUGGUGUUAAGGUCAACCCUAAGUUCUGCCGCAAAUUGCUAAUGAUAUCGCCGGGGGCAGUAAUUAAACACAGAAAACAAAUAUUUGUCCCUAAAUAUUUUGCAAAACUUUGGGAGCAAAAUAUUUCCCCUUUCACUUUAGUGAGAAAAGCUGGUCCGUUAGGCUCGAAGGUAGUAAGUGGCUGGUCUUCCAGAAGGUUUGCAAAUUUGCCAUCUAAAGAGUCAAAAUUAUUACACAAGUAUGCCUACGGGAUCUUCCAGAGUCCCGGCUCAGGGGAAUAUAUGCUCAAUUAUUUACUUGCUCCAGGAGCUGAUGCACGGUUCCCAUUAGUAGAGAGAGAUAUUCACAAGCUUGACUGCGAAGUGUUAUGGUGCUAUGGUAAAGAAGAUUGGAUGGACAAACUUGGUGGUGAACUAUGUUCAAAACUUAUAAACAGGCAACAUAAAGAUUCUGAUAAAAGUAAGGUCUUAGAAAUCGAUGAUAGUGGACAUCAUAUAUAUCUCGACAAUCCUAAAAAGUUUAAUAAGCUUUUACUAGACGAAAUGAAAAAAUUUUAG